AUGGCGUCCUCUCAGCAGGCAGGGUCUUCGGCCCCUCCAUCCAACAUCAACUCUCCUGUCAUUCCACCAACAAACGCCCAAAACGCCGCGAGCACGAUGCCAGAAUCCCAAGCAAAGUCUUCCCCCGCCCCUGCCGGGAAUGGGCCCACACAAGCAGAGAGGUCGAAACGAAACAAACGGGACAGUCGCAAGAAACGCGAGGCGAAAGGGCUCGAUCAGGAAAAUAUGCCUCCCAAAAAGAAAACCCAUAUUACUUGCCGAUCCUCGACCAUCCGACGUCUUCCCACCCAACCGCGGCAGAUGAAUUUUGUAUAUCAGAAGACCUCAGAUGUGCUGGGCAAGAGCUGGGACUUUUACGAGAUUGUCGACAAGCUCACCAAUAAGAACGGCUUUCGCUACAGCUAUGCAAUUGCGGAUCCUGGUUUCCCUCAUAUCAAGUAUCGACAAACCGAUGUGCCUCCAUACCACGCCCGUUUCAGCUUCGAGGACUCGCCAGCAGCAAUGGCUUUUACCAAGGAUGGUCUAGCAGUCACCACCAACGAGCCUUGGCAUUCUGCUCGCGCCAAUGUCUGCGCGCGCGAGGGCUCAUAUUAUUACGAGGCGCGCGUCAUCAGUGGUAUUGUAAAUGAUUCCCAAUUAAUUACCACUAGUUCAGGCUCAGUGAAGUCGCCACGCGGACACGUUCGACUUGGAUUUGCACGACGGGAGGCGGAGCUCGACGUCAAUGUUGGUGUCGACUGUUACGGCUACGGCAUACGCGACGUGAAUGGCGAGGUGAUCAAUCGAAUGCGCUGCGAAUAUUUCUUUCCCAAGGGCGAAGGUAUCAGAGAAGGCGACGUAAUCGGUCUACUCAUCACUCUUCCGCCACUUUCUCUCCACAAGAAGGUUGUGGAAGGAACAUACGACCCUGCCGUUGAUAAUACAUCGUCUCAUCCUGAAAAUGAACCGCCCCCAGUCACGAAUAUUAUCCGAGAUCGUAUACCCUUCCAUUUGAAAUCCGACUUCUGUUGGCAGCAAUCCAAUGUCUUCCCGUCCAAACAUCUCCGUGAUUAUGCCUUCAACCUCAAGGAGACUCCCAAUUUUGGGCCUCCAUCACCCUUCAACACUGAUGACCCAUCGCUGCGUACCUUACCGGGGUCGAGCAUCACUAUCUACAAAAACGGCGUGAAGAUGGGAACGCCAUUCAAGGAACUCUACGCUUUUCUUCCGCCUGCCAGCAGACUUGCCAACGGGGCCAACAACUUGGGGAUCGGUGAACGAGAAAAUGCAGACGAUGGGAUGAUCGGCUAUUUCCCGAUGGUGAGCUGCUAUGGUGGAGGAGCAGUGGAAUGUCGGUUUGAACCGCCUUGGUGGAUUGGGCCUCCCCCCAGCGACGAGAACGGUAACCCAGUGCGAGCCAUUGGCGAGCGAUUCAACGAGCAGAUUGUGGAAGACGUCGUCGCGGAUAUCGUGGAUGAAGUGGAAGCCAUGUUCCUGUGGGGUGACACGGAAGGCGACACGGUCGCUGCUGGGAGCACGACAGACGUCAAUGGCUCGUCAGGAGGCGGUGUCGGGGACUUUGAGGCAGUCAACGGUGGCACGGGCGCAGUAGACGAGGCGACAGCCACUGGUGCUUCUCCUGCUGUGGACAGCCCUGCUGCCGAUUCUGCGGUACCAGGAAUCCUGGGGACGGGCCACACGACCUUUGAAGACGCGAUGAGUAUUGGAGCUGCAAGCACGCCAAAUGCAGAGCCCUCAUCGGCAGUCGCGGGGGAAGAAACUCGAGGAGAUGAAGACGUGGAGAUGUCAUAG